UAUUCUCGUGCUGUCGUCAGACGUCAGUCUAGUCUACUUGCUCUAGCUGAAGCCACCGGAUACGAUUCAACUCUGAUUAUGGCCAAGUGCAUAACUUCUGUGUGGGCUGUCGUGUUUUCGGGCAAACAGUCAUUCCUGACCAAAAGCAUUUGCGCGCGGAAAUGUUCUAGUGGUGUUUCCGUGAAAACCGUGUUAAACGGAACCCGUCUGUUGAGUGGCGUGAAACAUCGCUCAUCGGUGUCAACCGUGAGGUACGAGUCCAGCGGUCCGACAGAGUACAUUGUCGAGUCCCCACUCGGACCCGUCAAUGUCCCGGACAUGUCCCUGCCAGCAUACAUCUGGAAAGAUUUCGAGGAGUGGUCGGACAAACCAGCUGUUACUUGUGGCAGCAGCGGGCGUAGCUACACAUUUGGGGAGGCAAGGUUUAUUUCUCACGCUUUCGCCAUCGCUCUGCUUCAGCGCCUGCAGCUCAAGAAAGGGGAUGUAGUGGGAGUAUUGAUGCCUAACAUUCCUGAAUAUGUGUUUGCUAUCUACGGAGCGAUGGAGGCGGGACUGGCUGUCACGUUUGUGAAUCCCCUCUACACCACUGGGGAGAUUCUGAGGCAGUUUGAGAAUGCAGGGGUGAAAUGUUGCAUCACUAUCCCUCAGCUGUUCCCAGUCUCUGAGGCGAUUGGUCCCAAGCUGAAGAACUACAAGGGCACAAUCGUCGUGGGUGGAGAGACAGAUCAACGCAACCGAGUGUUCGGGUUUAAGGAUAUUGUCACCUCAGCUAAACCCAAUGUUUUACUGCCAGAAGUUGAUCCAAAUGAGGUUGCCCUGCUGCCGUACUCUAGUGGAACAACAGGCAUGCCGAAGGGGGUGAUGUUGUCUCACCGCAACUGUGUGGCCAACCUGUGUCAGUGCAACCACCCUGCCCUAGUCAACCAUGUACCUACUUCAGACAGCUACCAGGAGCGUAUACUCAGUGUACUCCCAUUCUUCCACAUCUAUGGGUUCAAUGGUAUCCUCAAUACUUCUCUGUCUUAUGGAAUGCAUAUGAUAUCAAUCCCUAAGUUCACACCAGAAUCAUACAUUGAAUGCGUGCUUAAGUACAAGCCCACUGUCCUGUUUGUGGUGCCUUCCUUGUUAUUGUUCCUCGCCUCACACCCCGCGGUCAAGUCUGAACAUCUUGCCUCUAUCAAGGAAGUCACCUGCGGUGCAGCCCCAGCUACCAAGAGUCUCAUGGAUAAGUUCCUGGAGAAAGUUGCCCGUACUGACAUAAACAUUAGACAAGGUUAUGGCAUGACAGAAACAUCGCCUGUAACUUUGUUCACUCCCAACAACAUGCCAGAGAGUAAGUCUGGGUCUACUGGACAGCUGGUGUUGGGUACAAGAGCAAAGAUUGUCAGUCUCAAAACUGGAGAAAAUCUGCCUCCUCAUGGUUCGGGAGAACUCUGCGUGCAAGGCCCUCAGGUAAUGAUUGGAUACUUGAACAAUGAACAAGCUACAAAGGAGACGAUUGACGAAGAAGGAUGGCUACACACAGGUGAUGUUGCAUACUACGAUGAGGAUGGGUACUUCUACAUUGUCGACAGGACCAAGGAACUCAUCAAAGUCAAAGGCAAUCAGGUAUCCCCAACUGAACUGGAGAGCAUAAUAAUGCAGAUGCCAGGAGUGGCAGAUUGUGCAGUCGUUGGUAUUCCUGACAUUCUUUCUGGUGAAAUUCCUCGAGCUUUUGUUGUCCUGAGGCCAGGACAUCACUUAACUGAGUCUGAAGUAUGCUCAUUUCUGGAGCCAAAGGUCGCACCUUACAAGAAACUAGCAGGAGGUGUUAGGUUUUUGGAUGUAAUUCCUAGAAAUCCAGCUGGUAAAGUUCUUAGAGAUGAAUUGAAAGUUUUUGGUGCCAAUAUAGAAGAAGUUGCUUCUAGCUAACUGCUUUUCUUCACAAUAAUAAGCUGUUUCUUAUUAAAUACAUACAAAUCAGAAAACAUCAGGUAUUAAUAUCAUUAGCCCUCUCCCCAAGGCUUAAAGACUAAUGUAGGAACUCAAAGAACGUUUAAGCUAAUAUUUGAAAUUUUCCGGAAAAGAAUGUGAAUAGUUAACUAUAUCUAAUACGGCUGCAAUAAUCUACCCUAAAAAUGGCUAUUUAGUCAAUAUUUUCAAUUUUGGAUCUGGAUAAUAAUUGCAAAUUUAAUAUACUUUCAAAUCAUGGGAGCAACAUUAAUUUCUUUUUUUACUUACAAACACAUUGGGUGUUAUUAUAAUUUACAACUAUUUAACAGUGGCUAUGAUACACAAAACAAUAUAAGAAAUGAAAAACAUUUGUUUUAUUAUUAGUCGUAUCAACAAAAUCGUAACAUUGGUGACUCACACAAAAAUUAUGUUUACAUGUUUUAUUGAUUAUAUUAUUCACCAGGAAAACUUGACUAUGUCACUUGAACGAAAUUCGGUUAUUGGUUACAUAGAUGACAGCUGAUUACAGUACUUAAAAAUAACGAAGGGAGAAAGCAAAAUAACCAAAUAUUUGGAACGUUUUAAGCAUUUGAGGAAAUAAUUAAUUUCUUCUAUCCAUUUUGCGUACUUCUGUCUAAAGGCAUUAGAGUAUAUUCAUAAAAGAAUUAUUAUCAACGUGUAGAAAUUAAAACAUGGACCUGUUAGAAUGUAUAGUUUUCUUUUACAUUACGUUAAAGAUAAAGGCUUUCCAUCUCAAAUAUAAGUCUUACAACUUUUAAAACUAUACUUCUAAAAUUUGCAAUUUGCUUUAAAAUAUGCUCAUUUGAUAUUACUGUAAAGAUAUAUAUACUCCCAAAAAUCACGAAGAUAAGACUGUGGUUAUUUGUUUGAGAUUGUAUAAACUGACAAUUUGUUUUAUGUGUAAGCUUAGUUUAAGAUAGUUUUAGAAUAAUUUGAGUUGUAUAGAGUAUUUUAAGUAGUGUAUUGUGAUUGAACUGCACUUGUAUAUGUUUUUUUAAAGCAUUUUUUGUUUAUUUUUAUCUAUAUGUUAUGAUUUAUUAUUAAUAAUCGGUAAUUAUAAUCUGAUUGUUAAGUUUAUAAGUGACUUAAUUAUUAUACGGAUCAUAAGUAUUGACCGAAUUUCAGUUUUAUUAAUUUUGUUGUUAUCACAAAAAAUGAAUAAAAGUUCACAAGUU